GCCCAACAAGUCUCUUAAUUUUUACCAGAAGGAGCUGAAGAGGAAACAAAAACGGCAGAAGAAGUCAGGUGAAGGAGACAUAUAUCUGAUCACUUAAAGUUCUUAAAAGAUCUUCCCUCAGCACACAAAGAUGGGACAGUGGCGCUAUAUCCUCUUUGUGGUGUUUUCACUUUGUGGACCUUUUAUCAGAGAAUCACAUCAGGCCACUGUAUUUGAUGUUAGGGGACACAACGAGCCUCAGAGACAUCUUCUCAUGGAAGAAAGCAAUCUAACCACUCCUAACGGUACUCAUCGUCUGGGGGUGUCAGAUAAAGACGUAGUACCUCCAAAGUCUCUGGAGUGGUCCUAUCUGGCAGCAGGACUCGGCACUGUCCUUACUGUCUCUCUCCUCAUUGUGAUGACGGUAAAGUUGCGCCUCUUCCAUCGCUUUCUGGCAAGCUACAGGCACUCUCUGCUCCAAGAGGCAGAUGGAGUCAGUCAGUACGGACAGGAGGCGCCAUUUCCCAACAGCGUGAUGGGGAGAAUGGCCGGGACUGGAGGGACUCUCGGAGGACUGGAUGAGGAUGAUGACGGGUUCAUUGAGGAUAACUACAUCCAGACCAGUGAGAAAGACAGAGCAGAGAGAGAAGUAAAGGAAGAGGAGGGGGAGGAAGACAUGGAGGACAGCGACGAUGAUCUUCAGUUCACUAUCGGGUGAUUUCAGAAAAAAGAAGAUUCCAGCAAAACAAUUUUUCCAUAGCUGAUACUAAAUGAGACUUUAAAGAAGAUCUUGAUUGACAAUCUGCAUUUAGCAAUGAUUUCAAAUACCUCUAGCUCUGGCCUCUUCAAAUAUAUCAAUAGGCCUUUUUCACUUAAAUGGAACUGUUUCAUGGAACAGUCAGCUUCUUUUUUUCUUGUAUUCACACCUUAAGAGCAAUCACAGGUUUUUUUAGAAAUCAACUGACAAAGACUUUUCAAGCUCACUCUUCAGAGUAGGUAUAAGCAAAAGUGGAACCUUGAUUGGCACACGAGCACGAUGAAAUAUCAGCAACAUCAAUCUUGUAAAACCAGUAUAGCAGUUUGUAAUGUUAGCAUUUAAAAAAUGGCCAAAACAUGGCAACUGUAAUCUUAUAGCGCUUACUCUCUAUUCCCUGCUAGUUGUACCAUGCAUAAUUGCUGUCAAAACCAAAGUUUUUCAAUUAAAGUUAAGUGAAGGAAAAUGAAGAAGUGAAAAAGAAAGAGGGAAAUGAAAAUGAGAGCUGGUUGGAGAUUACUUUUUACUUUUUUUGCCUUGGGCCCAACAUACUCUAGAAUGGCUACUGUGUGCAACAUAAAUCCACACAUUUUCAGGCAUGUCACUCUCAAUCUUUUUGUUUUUGUCAUAUAAGGUGCUGUUGGCCUGCUAACAUCACUUCUUCUUCAUAUUGGUGGUAUCAAUGGAAACAGACAUAAAGCCCUCUGAGGUUUCUAGCCUCAAUGAUCUCCACAGUAGGCAAAACCAUUAGAAGGAGUGAUUAAUAUCCUGUUACUGAUUGCUUUCAGUAAAGAUGUAUUUACCAAGGUCUAUAUAAUUCAUAUAUGCAAUAGCCUCGACAAUACAUAUCUAAAGACAAAGAGGAAAAGUCAAAGGAAAAUCAUUUAAUAAAGGAAAAUGGAACUGCUUAAUUUUUCCUGUUCCAAUUGGUUCUAAUCAUUUCACAAAGAGGAAGAUUUUCCGUAAAAGCCUUUGGGGGGAUCCCCGGGAACCUGCUAAAAAAGAACUUUAGAUGUAUAAAACAUUUGAACGCUGAUUCAUCUACAGUUGAUUCAAAAUUGUUUCAAUAGAUAAGCAAAUUUAAAUUGUAUAAUGUGAUGACCAGUACAAAUGCCACGUGUCCAUUUGAGUGCGGAAAGGUAGUAUAAAUAAGAACACAAAAUCCUCUGCAGGCAGGGAAAUUCAGUAAAGAAGAACACUGUUUUAUAGUCCAUACACUUUUAUUACUCUGAGACAACAGUGUUUUGACCUGAAUCAGUCAUCAUUGGAAAAAUGGCUAACAUGACUAAGGGUGAGGUGUAUAAAAAAGUCCAAAGAUGACUUGAUGACGUUGCUCAUAAAAGAGAGUUUUGCAUUAAGCGCUCCUCAGCAACACGUUAAACAGCAAAGAUCUCCUGACGUUUCGUCACUUUGUGGUUUUAGCUUGCCUGUCCGAUAUCUUUCCUUUUCCCUCUUAGCCAAUCAAAAAAUUGUGACAUUAUUUUUUACAAUAAAUAUAUGGUGAGUUUAUCCACCUGCAAACUGUUGGAGGUUGUUGUUCAUACUGCGCUACUGAUAAACAACCUGAUUGGAGUUUGUACAUAAUUUGAGUUAGUAUGUGAAGUAUUGACCUGUUUGAUGGAUUUUAUGUUGACUUUGAAACCAGGAUGAAAAUACAUAACUUCAUCUUAGAAGUGAUCUGAACAUGCAGAGAGUUACACGUUUAAUGUUAGUGUGUUAAUGUAAGAUAGCAAAAGGUGUUUUAAAGCACAUGAAUAUAAAGUCUGAAAUACUUUGAUUGGAUAUCCACUUACGGAAAUGAAUAAAUGGUUUUUAAUACCAAUUUAAUCUUUAGUCAUUCUGUCAUUUUCUUUGUCCAACUUGAUCAUUGUGUAAGAUGAACAGAUGUAUAAAGCAGAAGACAUUUGAA